CUACGCAUUUCCGACUAAGAUAGGAACUAGAUUUUCAAGGUCCUCAAAAGUUUCCCGUUCUCACGAACAAUCUUUGUCACCAACAGUCAUCGUCCACUUUGCAAAAUCUCAACAUCGAAGAAAUCUUGCUUGAGAUAUCGACUUCUCCCUCGAUCUUUUUCUACUUAGAAUGGUUCUUAGAGUUGGUUUGAAUUUGAAGAGAUUGAACGGUUUGAAAUGAGCUAGGUGGGCAGCGAUGCCUUUCAGAUGGCAGAAGCAGAGGAGCCCCCAUAUAAGAAGCAGAAGGUCGAUGCUGAUACAACAGUAGAAGAUUCGCUCUUUGAAAGAUUACAGGAUAAUGACGCAGCUCAACCUCUGGAUGCGCCAGCAGCAGCUGCCAGCAGUGGCCAAAGUGGCAGGGCGGAUGGGGCAGCUGUUGCUGAAGUACAACUAGCAGCUCCAUUGCCUGCGAACGGGAUUGCAGAGAGCAAUGCUGAGCCGCCCACUCAUGAAGGUGAUGCACUAUUGGAGAAUGGCGGCAUCCCCCUUGUCGAGGUGCCAGCAGGGAUGUUCUCGCAGCGCGAGCUGUACAUGGCCAAGAGGGAGGCCGAUGGGGACCUCGCCUUCGAGUAUGUGGACAAUGACAACACUGCCAACCACAACAUGUGGCUGAUUGGGCUGAAGAACAUCUUCAGCAAGCAGCUGCCCAACAUGCCCAAGGAGUACAUUGCGCGAUUGGUGCUCGACAGGCGCCAUCGCUCUGUGGCCAUCAUCAGGCGGGGAGGCACGGUGCUGGGGGGGAUAACCUACCGCCCCUUCCACGACCAGCGCUUUGGGGAGAUUGCGUUCUGCGCUGUCACAGCCAUCGAGCAGGUGAAGGGGUUUGGAGCGCGGCUGAUGAACUACACAAAGGAGUUUGCCAGGGCGCACGACCACCUGACGCAUUUCCUGACCUAUGCGGACAACAACGCGGUCGGGUAUUUUGCAAAGCAGGGCUUCACAAAGGAGAUCACCCUGGAGAAGGACAGGUGGGUGGGGUUCAUAAAGGACUACGACGGGGGCACGCUGAUGGAGUGCAUAAUCAGCGACCGCCUGCCCUACACAGAUCUGCCGGGCAUGCUGCGCGCGCAACGUGCCGCCCUGGACCGCCACAUCAGAACGCUUAGUAAGUCCCACGUCAUCCACCCCGGCCUCACCACCUUCCGGGACGGCCAGCGCCGCGUGGAGAUCGCCAGCAUCCCCGGCGUGGCCGAGGCCGGCUGGACGGCUGAGAUGGCAGAGCCACCGCAUUACAACCUGCUCAUAGACCGCAUGGUCCUGCCAGUCACACCAGACAACCUGCAGCGCUUCAUGGAGAGGGCCUGGAGAGCGCUGUACUCUCUGGACGACUCGUGGCCCUUCCGGGAGCCCGUAGAUGCGGAGGACGUCCCGGAUUACUACGAAAUAGUCAAGGACCCGGUGGACCUGAGCACGAUAGAGCAGCGGCUAGCGAGGCGGGACUACUAUGUGACGCUGCACAUCUUCAUCGCGGAUGUCAACCGCAUGUGCGCCAACGCGCGCGUCUACAACUCGGCCGAGACCAUCUACUUCAAGAUGGCCAACAAGCUGGAGGCCUUCCUGGACGAGUACAUCCACUCCCACGUGGUCUUCAACAACCCCCAGGGGUGCACGCCAAAAAAGCUACCCCCAUGAUUGGGGCAAGUGCUUACUAAGCGUUGGAGAGUCUUACAUAACCUCCUAGUGGGGCACCAUUCCAGCCCCCAGUGACUCCCUCGGAUCACUGCCCUGGAAGGAGGGAGGGAGUGGGCUGUCUAUAUCUAGAGUGUGAAGUGGUGCACCGUCUGCAGCAAGAGAGUGACAUUUAGUGACAAAAGUGAGCGCUGUGUGAAGCACGCAACUGUAUGGAGUGAUAUUGCUGACUUCUGCUAUAAGUAAAAGCUAGGCGUUGACCUCAGCCAAAAGGCCGGAUGCAAGAAGGCCUGGCAUGAUUUGGUUUGGCUUGGCAUGGCAUAAUAUCACCCGAAAAGUACAAAUUAAUUGAAGUGGUGUC